AUGUGGAUCCUCGAAUCGAACGAUGACUUUCUCCAAGGGAAGCGUAUGUGGCUCAAGCCCGGACAGAAAUAUCUUUUUGGGCGAGUGAAAAGAGAAGGCGUCCAAUUUGCGAUUGACCAUAAAACUGUUUCAAGAAAGCAUUUUAUCAUCAUCGUGGAUCCUGUGAAGGAAGGGGAUGCGGCACAUAUCCAUGCCCGUACGAGAAUCAGUAUCGAGGACCAAAAGUCCAAGAGUGGAACGUCUGUAAAUGGUGAAAUAAUCAAAGGAGUUUCCAAAGAAUUGAAAAGCGCCGAGAACUCAAUACGACCAGGAACAUGUCCUCAUGAGAUCAUCAUCAGAUGGCAACCAUGCGUGCUCACCUUCAACCUUCUCAAGAAGGAAAUCAAGGCCGGUGUCCUCAAAACCAAACAGACCAGAGUUCAGAAUCUGGACAUCAAGGCCAUCAGCGACUUUGUGUUGGAAUAUACUACUCAUGUCGUGGCAAACAAACGAAAUACCGCGAAAGGAUUGCUGGCUCUGGUCACAGGCAAAUACUUGGUGGCUGACUCGUUUAUUGAUGCUUUGGAAUACGCGGCAACCCCGACGAAUCUGAGCCAGGAAGAGAACCUGUCUCUACUGGAGAGUGACUUUGACAGUGCAUGGCCAGACGCAAAAACUCAUCUUCCUCCGCCCGGGAGGGAGCCCACUAUCCGCCCGCCGGAAGCAUACCAGCCUGAUACGUCUCGGAGUACUGUCUUUGAGGGCUACACAUUUGUGUUCGGUGACCAGACACAAUACGAUAACCUUCUGCCAGUCAUCACCAGUGGUCAUGGAAAGGCACUGUUAUUUAAAGUGAGCAAUGGCGAAUCGACCGCGGACGAUUUGCUCGACUUUCUACAGAAAGCCGCAGGAAGGAAGCAUACAGGCGGAACCAGGAACUGGGCGGACGCAAGGAUUAUUCUAGUGCGAUGGCAAGGCAAGGACGAUCUGCAAGAUUGGACAAACGCCUUGAUCAACCAGGCUGCUCUUCAGAUGGAUCAAAGAGCCAUUGACCAGUCAGAGUUCCUCGAAGCAAUACUGGCGAACGAUGCUAGUUUAUUACAGCAGAGCAUUCCUUUCGAAAGCACCACGGAUGGUAGGGUAGCUCCUCCACCGUCCGCCGCGAAUACAGUGGUCACACAACCACGAACAGAGUCCGCAGAAAUUGGUGAACAGCGUAGAUCGUCGCUGAGAGCAGAAGCAGCACCAUCCGAAGCAGCUCCCAGCCAGACUUCAAGAGUAGACUCCGUCCCAAAAUCUGGCCCGUCCCAAGUCUCGUCUGUUGCUGCUUCUCAGGCCAGCAAUGCCCAACAAAGCAUAACCCGCCCGUUCCAAGGGCCCCGCUUCACUCAAGGAAGUCGGUUCAAGAAUUUUGACGAUGACUUCGACCCAGACGCUGUUGUGGAAUACAAUGACGACGAACAGGUCGCGGACGAUUCCGAGUCCGGCGCCGAUACAACGGGUCGCACGCCGCUCUCAAGCAUAAAAGAAGAACCACAGUCAGCAAAAAAGCGCCGGCGAACUCCAUCCGAAGAACCUGAGGAUGCAUUUGCCGAGGAGAUUGAUAACCUCCUGCCAGCGGCGACUGCCUUCAAACGAAGGAAACUCGCUGAAGCACGAAUCAAUGGAAAUGUUGAUGUUGAUGAUGUCAGCAACAGAAAUGUACCGCGCAAAGCAGCAGCAGCAGCAGCAGCAGCGAAGAAAGUGAAGAAAGAACGAGAGAUAGAUGUGCGUGAAAUUGCCAGAGCGCAACGCGAGCAAAAUGAGGAGGCGGCCAGGAGAGAGGAAGAGGAGCUAGAGUCUGCACCACCCUUCAUCGAGGAGACAGGCCCGGCGAACUUGGUCACUGUGGUUGCGAUGGAGCUACCUGUGCGCAACAAACGCAAACAGACCGUAGGCACAGAUGGUGAUCCGAGUGAAAAUUGGGACCCAAGAUGGAACGGCCGCAAAAACUUCAAGGCUUUUCGGAGAAAGGGCGAGGCCCCUCAACGUCGAGGUCAUGCGAAGAAAGUCAUUGUACCGCUUGUAGAGGUCAAGGGAAAUACCUACGGCCUUGGUGAACAGUACUGGGAGAAAACGCAGGAGGAAAAGGAGCAAGAAAGAGAGCGCAAGAAAAAAGAGGGAGCCAGAAGCCAACGGACGCAGAGUCAAACACAGCGCACCAACGCCAGCCGGCAGUCCAGGACGACGGUUGUCUCCGAUAGCGAAGAUGACGACGGUUUUGAUGGAGGUGUCGACCACCCUGUGUCCACCAGUCCUGGUAUGACACGGCUUCAGCGCGAAGCAGCGGAGAUUAUGGACCAUGAAAUCGACCCGGACACGCCCAGACGGACCCGCGCCGCGGACAGAAGCCAGGCUUCCAAUACCACUGCACAUAGCGGAUCGGGGGCGGCGACGGCGGCUUCGGGCAACAGCAAUUCGACCUCGAUGCCUGGGAAGAGAGCUGGCAGUUCGAUCACCAGCAGUGCCCGUGACAACAAAAGGCAGAAGACGCUGCCUGUCACGGUCCUCCGCGCGAAGGACAGCGAUGAAAACGACAGUGAUGAUUUGAAAUUCCGGUUCGGUGCAAAAGCGCGUCGAGGCAGAGCCGGUCGUGGCAGAGGGCAGCAGUGA